CCCGCCGCCCGGCCCGGCCCGGCUCCGCUCGCCAUGGGCGAUGUGGUCUCCACGCACCUGGACGAGGGUCGCCGCCAGCACAUCGCGGAGAAGACGGGGAAGGUGCUGGGCGAGUUCUGCCAGUGCUACAAGGAGCAGUUUGGAGUCGCUCUGUUCAACAGCGUCCGCUAUGAGAUCGAGGGCGCGGGGGGCCCGCAGGCCCAGCUGCUGCACCGCAAGGUUCCACUGGAGGACCACGUCAUCUACUCAGGCAACAUCUUCCAGUACAUCGAGGAGAACAAGAAGUGGAGGAACCGCUUCUGCGUGGUGCCACACAACUACGGGCUGGUCCUCUAUGAGAACAAACUGGCCUAUGAGCGGGAGCUGCCACCCCGAGUGUUGGUCAACAGCGCUGGCUACAAGGUCCUCACCUCUGUGGAGCAGUACCUGGAGCUGGUCAACAACAGCCUGCCAGGUGUGACCCCCAAAUCUGGGCACUCCCCCAUCCUGAAGUGCCCCACGGAUUUCCCGCUGAUCCUGUGGCACCCCUAUGCCCGGCACUAUUAUUUCUGUGUGAUGACGGGCAAGGAGCAGGAGAAGUGGCGGGCGGUGUUCCAGGACUGUGUGCGGCACUGCAACAACGGGAUCUCCGAGGAGUCCAGAGUGGAGGCUCCAGCCUUCACGGACGCCAUCCGCAUGUACCGGCAGUCCAAGGAGCAGUACGGCACCUGGGACAUGCUCUGCGGCAACGAGACCCAGGUCCUCAGCAACCUGGUGAUGGAGGAGCUGCUCCCCGAGCUGAGGAGCACCAUCGGCCCCCGGCUGAAGGGAAAAGCCCCGGAGCGCCAGCGGACCUGGAUCCAGGUGUCGGAUGCUGUCUAUAGGAUGGUCUAUGAGCUGGCCAAGGCGCAGUACGACGCAGCCGUGGCCAGGUGUGAGCAGGAGCGGCCGCAGCUGGAGAGCACCAUCCGCACAGACAUGGACCAGAUCAUCACCUCCAAGGAGCACCUGGCCAGCAAGAUCCGAGCCUUCGUCCUGCCCAAGGCAGAGGUCUGUGUCCGUAACCACGUCCAGCCCUACAUCUCCUCCAUCCUGGAGGCCCUGAUGACCCCCACGAGCCAGGGCUUCGCCGAGGCACGGGAGGUGUUCUUCAAGGAGGUCACCGACAUGAACAUGAACGUUGUCAACGAGGGCGGCCUGGAGAAGCUGGUGGAGUACAUGGAGAAGCUGUCCCACCUGGCCUUCCACCCCGUGAAGAUGCAGUCGUGCUAUGAGAAGAUGGACCAGCUGAAACUGGAGGGUCUUCAGCAGCGAUUCGAUGUCUCCAGCACAUCUGUCUUCAAGCAGAGGGCCCAGAUCCACAUGAGACAGCAAAUGGACGAUGCCGUGUACACCUUCGAGACCCUGCUGCACCAGGAGCUGGGCAAGCUGCAGGGCAAGGACGACCUCUGCAAGUCCAUCCAGCGCAUCCUCGAGAGGGUGCUCAAGAAAUUCGACUAUGACAGCAGCACCGUGAGGAAGAAGUUCUUCAGGGAGGCCCUGCUGCAGAUCACCAUCCCCUUCCUGCUGAAAAAGCUGGCACCCACCUGCAAGGGGGAAUUAGCCAAGUUUCAGGAGCUGAUCUUCGAGGACUUUGCCAGCUUCAUCCUGGUGGAGAACACCUACGAGGAGGUGGUGCUGCAGUCGGUGAUGAAAGACAUCAUGCAAGCUGUGAAGGAGGCGGCCGUGCAGCGGAAGCACAACCUGUACAGGGACAGCAUGGUGAUGCACAACAGCGAUCCCAACCUGCACCUGCUGGGAGAGGGCCUGCCCAUCGACUGGAGCGAGGAGUACAGCGGGCAGCCCGAGGCCGAGCCGGCGGCCGAGCGGCGCCGCAGGGCCAAGCAGGUGGUGUCGGUCAUCCAGGACGACGAGGGGGCCCUGCCCUACGGGGCCGAGGCGCUGCUGCAGCCCGGCUCCCCCGAGCCACAGGAGCCAGGGCAGGCACAUCCCGGGGUGCCCCCGAGCCCCCCGGAUGCGGUGAAGGAGAUCCGGGAGGCGUUGGCACAGGAGAACCUCGGGGAUGGCACCGGGGCUGAGGAGCGGCUGAUGAACGGCACCGACGGCAGCGGUGCCAGCGAGGAGGGCGUGCUGCUGGCAGGGGCUGCCCCAGGGAAUGCCACACAGCAAGGUCCAGCCCGUGAUGGAGACGGGGUGCACUGUGCCAUGGUGACAUCACCAGCACCU